AGAAAUUUCCUACCACAUUCUUUCCUCUGUCACAUCAUCCCUCACUCCCAGUUCCCUCCCCCAACGGCAACCAUGGCCCCCAACAACCUCCUCGCCGGCAAAACCGCCAUCAUCACAGGCGGCACAACAGGCAUCGGCCGCGCCAUCGCCCUCGCCUUCCUGGCUCAGGGCUGCGACGUCGCCGUGAACCACUUGGACCUAGAAACAGACAAGCCCCACCUCGACUCCCUCCUCGCCGAAGCCGAGUCCCUCCGCACCAACAACCCUUCCAGCGGCCGACUAGCCCACCUCCCCGGCGACGUGCGCGACCCAGCAACAGGCUCACAACUCGUAACCUUCUGCCUCGCGACCUUUGGCGCAACCCGCCUCGACAUAUGCGUCUCCAACGCGGGCAUCUGCACCUUCGCCGACUUCCUCGACCUCGACCACGACCUCUACGCCAAAACAGUCCGCACCAACCUCGACGGCGCCUUUUACCUCGUCCAGGCCGCCGCGCGGCAGAUGGCGCGGCACCAAUCUCCGCCGGGGGGCUCCAUCAUCGGGAUAUCCUCCAUCUCGGCCCUGGUCGGCGGCGGCAUGCAGACGCAUUACACGCCCACCAAGGCCGGGGUGCUGAGCCUGAUGCAGAGUACUGCCGUGGCGCUGGGCAAGUAUAGGAUACGGUGUAAUGCGCUGCUGCCGGGGACCAUCCGGACGCAGUUGAAUGAGGAGGAUUUGAAGGAUGAGGGGAAGAGGGGGUACAUGGAGGGGCGGAUCCCACUGGGAAGGACCGGGGAGCCGAGGGAUUUGGCCGGGCCGGCGGUGUUUUUGGCGUGUGAGGAGUUGAGUGGUUAUGUCACCGGCGCGCAGUUGUUGGUGGAUGGGGGGUUGUUUGUGAAUUUGCAAUGAUCACCUCAGCGAGGGGUCUGAGGUGUGAAAAACAAGGAGGAA